AUGACUAGCUACUCGUAUGGUUUGCUAAGCAUAUAUCAGAACAUAUCUUUUACCAGUGAAAUGGACAAAGUUCUAACUCAGACCAUUGUAAGAUGCAGCCAGUACUUGGAAUCUGUUACUAAAGCUAUCCGGGGUCUUCCAAGGGAUAUAUUUCUCUGCGAUCCACCGGAACAUAUUAAAGGUGAAACCUAUGUCCAAAUAAACGCGAUUCAAACUGUAAUAGUUUUCGAAAGUAUGGUGUCCGAUACUGAUCAGUGUUCUACGUCUUGUCCUGAUCUGGAAACUAGAAUUUAUCAGCGAGACUUCAAAUAUCGAGGAAACUCCAAAUCACUAGACUGGAAACCAGCUUCACCUUGUGAAGGGCUCAUGUACAAUUGUGCCAACAUAGACGAUACUGACAUUUGUGAAUUGUCUGCGGACAAAGAAGAACGUUACUCUUGGGUACAUAGUGACGGAUUAGGCAUAUUCGGAGAGAAAGAUAGUUGCUACAAUGGAACCUUUAUACAGUUGAUCGAUUAUAGUACUAACUGGUACAGAUGUUCAGUAUGUUGGUGUCAAUGCUCAGCAGAAAAUGGAGCUGCAAAAGAAGACCGAACUGUUAGUUUGAGACCCCAAAUGGCCGAUAUCGACAAUAUGAUAGUGACUGGCGUAAGAUUCGAGCUGAAGGACAAGAUAAUCCACGUUCAAAUCGAGCAAGGAAAAUUGCUCCCUGCCGGUCAGAUCGAAAAGAACUCAAUUCAUUUAGUAGAAUUGGGAAAUUUCACAUACUUAACUGACGUUUCUGGCGGCGGGUUCACUAUGCAAGAUGGCGACUCGACUGUAACGAGUAACUGUAAACAUUACGCGUUCAUACGUUACAAAUAUCGUGAUGUCAACCUGGACAUUAUCUAUGUGCAAGAACCAGAUUACGUGGUCACCGGAUUGAAAAUGUCUGUCGAUCCGGAAAUUUCAAGAUCCAUACAAUUGGACGUACACGUUACACCCUUUGAUUUCAAUUCAGGCUUGCUGACUCCAACUGAUGAUAAGCCUUCCAAGUGGAUUAGUUACCAAGAUAUGCCUGAUCACGACAAGGCUUACGAUGAGCGCGAAUGGGUAGAUUCAAAAACUGCCAAAUUUAGCCCCUUCAAAUUCUACGACAAUCUUCCGACUGAACAUGACUUUGCAGUAACGUGGUUCCAGCACACUUACGGGUAUGAAGAAAUUGGACAUAACACUGUUCCAUUCUUUGAUCGGCAACUGGUGGCGCCCUAUCCACGAGUUCCACUUACCGGUGUCUCCCUCUAUCUUCGCAUCAAUGAUGGAGAUUCAGGCGGGUUCUUUGCCUUCAACUUGCUUACCUAUGACAUUUCCAGAUACUUGAAUCCCAUUAUGACGCCAGAAAAUGUUGAGCUCUUCAAAAAUAAACGCGAAGACAAAACAAUGAAUAAUUUCAAACUACUUACAAUAUGUUCAAUAUGGAUCUUAUUUACGGCAAAAGUCGAUUCAUUAUCGAUUCCUUUUUUGUCUGACGCUCAAAGCCUGAUAAGUUUGGUCACCGAUAUAUCUGAUCUUGCGACGGGCCGGCAUGAUUUAACGGCAGGGAAUCUGUUUAAGAAGAAAACUGACGCUUCGUUGACUAAAGUUACCCAACUAUCUGAGCAGAUAGGCGAAUUGACUCAGUCGUUCAACGUAAAGAUAGACAAACUGAUGACUGCGGUGUUAGAAGAUACUCCUAGGGCGAUUCAGUUAAAGAAUCUCAUGCAGAAACUCCUCGACUUCAUUUCAAGAGUUGACGAAUUGUACGAAGAUUACUUGUUCUACGUCAGCGAGUUCGGUGACGUCAACCGUCAUACUUUCGAGGGGUUCAGUAAAGUUGUCACUUCUCACAGAUUUGGCGACGUUCCAGAUAUUUUAAGGCAAACCUACUACUUGUUCUUUCCUGGGCAAACGGGUCGGGAAGAAGAUAGUCUUCUUGACGUCAUGGUAGCCACUUUGGAUAACGUAGAAGAUCAGGAGCUGUGUAACCAUUUGAAGACAAGCCAGCAGAAAUUAUAUGAUCUUUAUGAAACAAUAACUAUCACAGAAAUAAAAGGUUUUACAAUGUCAUCCUACGCUUAUGCGUCUUUUGAUAUUGAAAUGGAGAGAGUAACUGCUCAGACGAUAAAAAGAUGCAUCGACUACUUAUCAGGUAUACACAAUGCUCUCAAGAAUCUUAAAAGGGAUAUAUUUUUAUGCGAUCCACCCAAACAUAUAAAAGGAGAGACUUCCGUCGAAAUAAAUUCCAUUACACGAGUCUUACUUUUCGAUGCUAUGUUGGGCACUUGUUGGAUCUUUUGUCAUGAGAUAGAUCACACUAAUCUUCAACAAGGUUACGAUUAUGGAGGGUUAUAUUGGAUGCCAGCUCAACCUUGUCAUGGACGUAUGUACGGAUGUGAUGGUAUCGGUACCGCCAGCUUUUGUGAAUUGCCCCCGGAAUACGAUAGACGUUACAGUUGGGUGAACGGUCAUAGCAGCGGGCUUCUAGGAAAUAUGGACGAUUGCUACAAUGGAACUAUAAGACAAUUAAAAGAUUACAAGAACUGGGCGGAUUGUGAAACAUGUCUCUGCCAUUGUUCUGACUAUAAAGCAGAAGCUAAGACGUUACGAACUUUCAGUUUGAGACCACAACUAGCUGAUAUCGAUAACAAUAUGAUAGUGACCGGUGUAAGGUUCGAGAAGAAGGACAUGAUGAUCCACGUGCAAAUUGAGCAAGGAAAAUUGCUCGCUAACGGUCAGAUUGAAAAGAGCUCAAUUCAGUGGAAGGAAUUGGAAGACUUUAAAUAUCUGGCAGAAGGCGACGAAGGAAGAUUCAUUAAAAUAAAUGGUGAUGAUGAAGAAAAUUUAGAACACGGCACUGACUAUCAAUUCAUUCAUGAAGAACAGCGUGACGUGUACCUGGAUAAUGUCUACUCACAGGAGCCAGAUUACGUUGUCACCGGACUGAAGAUGUCUCGGGACCCGAAAAAUAGCAAGGCUAUACAAUUGGAUGUACACAUUACUCCCGUUAAUAGUUCAACAGGCUUGCUCGUACCAACCGAUGAUAAACCCUCCAAGUGGAUCACUCACAUGGACAUGCCGGAUCAUUAUCGUCCUUUUGUUGAUCGAAAGAAGCGAGAUGUUACCGAAUUAAGAAGAGGUGAUGAUUAUUACGACAAUCUUCCGGAUUUCGAGUUUGCAGACUUUACGAACAUUUCGUUCGCAGUCAGCAACAAAGGGUCAGACGCCGGGCAAUCGACUGUUCCUCUUUUGGACCGGCAAACUGCUGCGCCGUCUGCUCGAAUUCCAUUGAUCGGAGUUUCUUUACUCCAUCGUGGAAAAGAAGACUCGAGUGGGUUCCUUGGGUUCAGAUUGCGGACAGCCAACCUUCACGAUUUUCUGAACAGUGAUUUGGAUCCGGAAACUGCAAAGCAGUAUCUAAAUAUAUGUUCAAUAUUGAUCUUAUUUGCGGGAAAAGUCGAUUCAUUUGGGCUUUCUUUCCUGACUGACAUCCAAGACAUGAUUGGUCUGAUCACCGAUAUAUCUGACAUUGUGACAGGCCGGCAUGAUUUAACGGCAGGGAAUCUGUUUAACAAGAAAGUCGAUCCUACCCUGGUUGCAGUUAACAAACUAUCCGAGCAGAUAAACGAACUGACCCAAACGAUCAACGUUAAGAUGGACAAAGUUAUGAAUGCAGUGCUAGUGAAUCUUCCCAGGGCGAUUCAGUUUACGAAUCUCAUGCGGAAAUUCAUCGGCUACCUUAGCAGAAUCGACGAAUUGUAUGAAGAUUACUUGUUCUACGUCAGCAAGUUAGGUGGGAUCAACGAGUAUACCAUCGAGGAGUUCAGUGAUGUUCUUACUUCCCACAAUUUUGGAGACGUCCCAGAUAUUUUGAAGCAAACUAGAAGUUUGUUUCUUCCCGGGCGGGGAGAUCAGGCAGAAGAUAGUCUUAUAGAAGUUAUGAUGGCCGCUCUACAAAGCCUAGAAGAAGUGGAACAUUGUAACCUAUUGAAGACGAGUCAGCAGCAAAUGUAUGAACUUUAUGAAGCAGUAACUGUAGCAGAAAUAAAAGGUCAUACAAUGGCUACUUACGCUUUUGGUUUACUGGCGAUUUAUCAAAACACAUCUUUUGAUCGUGAAAUAGAGAGAGUUACUGCUCAGACGAUAUCAAGAUGCACCGAAUACUUAACAUCUGUACACGAUGCUCUGGGGCGGCUUGUAAGGGAUAUAUUCUUGUGCGAUCCACCGAAACAUAUAAAAGGGGAGACUUACGUCGAAUUAAAUGUCAUUACACGAAUCAUCACUCAUGAAUAUAUGAUGUUCGACAGUUGUUAUAACCAAUGUCCAGACAUUGAUAGCUAUAAUUAUAAAGUGGCUACUUACGAUGAUGGCGCGCAGUCUUGGAAUCCAAAUCAACCUUGUCGCGGACGUAUGUACCAUUGUAAUAACAUCGGUACCAGCGAUUUUUGUGAAUUGCCCCCGGAAUACGGUAAACGUUAUAGUUGGAUACAGGCUGAUUGGGCAGGAACUUUAGGGCCAAAGGACGAUUGCUCUAAUGGAACUAUGGCAAGAGUUAUUGACACUGCUAGUUGGUGGAAAUGUCAUGCAUGUUUUUGUGAAUGCUCCGAAGAGAAAUCAGAGUCUACGACGAUACGAACUAUCAGUUUAAGACCACAACUCGCUGAUAUCGAUAACAAUAUGGUAGUGACCGGUGUGAGGUUCGAGCAGAAGGACAUGAUGAUCCAUGUGCAAAUCGAGGAAGGGAAAUUGCAACGUGCUGGUCAGAUUGAAAAGAGCUCUCUUCGUUGGAAGGAAUUGGAAGACUUCAAAUAUUCUUUCGAUGAUGGAAAUUUUGUUAGAAUAAAUGGGGAUGAUGAAGAAAGUUUGAAUCACGGCACUGACUAUCACUUUAUUCGUUACAGACAGCGUGACGUGUAUCUGGACAAUGUCUACGCACAGGAGUCAGGUUACGUUGUUACUGGACUGAAGAUGUCUCAGGACCCUGAAAAUAGCAAAGCUGUACAAUUGGACGUCUACAUUACACCCUUCAAUUUCUCAUCUGGCUUGCUGGUACCAACCGAUGACAAUCCCUCUAAGUGGAUCACUCACAAGGAUAUGCCGGGUUAUGAUCGUCCUUUUACUGAACGAAAGGAGCUAGACGUUAACGAAUUAAGAAGAGGUGAUAAUUUUUACGACAAUGUCCCAGAUGCAAAAGACUUUUGGGAUGUAUGGUUCGUACCUAGCAGCAGAUAUACAGACGCUGCGCAAUCUACUGUUCCACUUUUGGACCGGCAAACUGCUGCGCCGUACCCACGAGUUGCCCUUAUCGGAGUUUCUCUAUUUCACCGUGGAAAAGAUGACUCUGCUGGUUUCAUUGGGUUCAAAUUGCGGACAGUCGAUCUUCAUCAUUACAUGAAUGUUCAAGUGAAGCCAGAGUUUGCAGAGCAGCACCUACAAAUGAAAUUAUCUCUAGAUCCGGACACUCAAGAGUCACUGCAUUUGGAGGUAAACAUCACGCCGUUUGAUUUCGAUUCAGGAAUGCUCACUCCGACUGAUGACAAGCCCUCUAAGUAG